CCUGCGGCAGGAAUUCGACAUAGAGAUGACAAAGGUCGGCGGAAGUCUGGGCUUUACUCUGAGGAAGGCGGACAGCAGCGCUCUGGGUCACUACGUGAGAGCAUUGGUGCGGGAGCCGGCGUUGAGCGACGGUCGUAUCCGACCCGGUGACAAAAUCGUGGCGGUGGACGGCGCGCCGUUGUCCCCGAUGAGCCACGAAGAGGCUGUCCAACUACUGCGACAAUGCGGCCCGACCGUGAGACUUCGAUUGUACAGGGAUCUCGCGCAAACUCCCGUCUCCGCGCUCUCGCCCACCGAGCCUGAUCAUCCGCUCCGUCCACCGCGGACCAGCCUCAGGCAGGAAGCCGUAGACAUGCUGUGCGACCUGGCAGUUCGGAAGUUAUCGCCAGGUACGUCGAGCGGCUCGAGCUGCAAACAACCGUCCGCUGGAGCGUCUUGCAACUCGCCGAGGAGACUUCGCCGUCUUGCCACGCGUACGCCCACUACCGAUAACGAUCAAGAAACUCUGGAGAAGCAUCCGAGCGUGUACACGACGUCGACGGCCAGCCAGGCGGAGACAUCCGAUUCCGACCAGUGCUCGAUCAGGACGCAGAUAACGAAUUCCCAGCCAAACACACCUGCGACUGACAUAAUCGAUCCGCCGCCGUUGUACGACGUCUGCGACUCCAGCGAUUCCUCGAGGACACCGGCGCCACGGCCAAGUUUCCUCGACUUGUCCGCGCCCCAGGGCAAGCCCCGUUUCCAGUUCUGCAACCUCGACUCCGACCUCGAGUUCCCCGGCGGCAAGGACGCGAUCAUCGUGGAGGACGAACUCCGCAGCACAGGGACCGAGGCCGACUACGAGAGGAUCGAGCCAAGCGCGUUGUCCAGCGACAGCCACGACAACGAUCUGCCCUCGGAGCCGGCCUCCAUGCCACCGUUGCUCUCCUCCACCAGCAGCACCAGCACCGCCGCGUUCAGCUACAAGAAUCCCGCGUAUCAGAGCGCCAAUCCAGCAUGCGGAGCCGGCAUCGACAGCGGCGCGAAAAACAAGGCCACGCACUCGAGCGAUCAGGACAUACCAGGGAAAAUCUUAGGAGCGGAAGAUCCCGGCGGCAGCAAGGGCUUGCUGAAGUGGAAAGGCGUGAUGUUCGCUCCAGAUGAUGGAAUAGAUAAAACCGAGAACGAAGAGAGGCCCGGGAAAGACACCACAGAUUCAGCUGCCCCCACCAAACUUGAUCUUGAACAAGGAACUGAGGUGUUCAUGGUAGAGCUGACACGUGGUUGGAAUAGCCGAUUGGGAUUCAGCUUGCAGCCGGAAGGAAAUCGCACAGUUAUAUCAGUGGUGCAUCCUGACAGCGUUGCAGCUAAAGACGGGAGACUGAAGCAAGGAGAUGUGCUUAUGAUGGUAAAUGACGAAAGCGUGAAGCACAUGACAACAGCCGACAUAAUCGAUCUUUUGCGCAAGAUACGGGGUUCCAUUGGCAUCACGGUGAUGAGACGAAGCAAACGGGAGAACGUAACGUAACAGUAAUCAGACUGUGAAAGGAAACUUGGCUUUGAAGAAAUCCAGGGGCAAGAAGGCUAUCUCCACAUUCGUCGCAACGUCGUUCUUUGCAAUUUCGAAGGUCAAAUCAUCCAAUUUGCGAACGAAACGUCGGUCGAUUCCUCCGAAUAUAAAUUUCGAUGGCUUAAAUUAAAAGACAGUUCGCGCGUUAAUAUAUUUGUAUGCGGACGUGUCGGAGAUCGAGUGCAAUACAUAAAUUUCGCUGUGAAUAAAAUUGUAAGUAUAUAAUUAAUCUGCGAAAAUCCUGAGCCUUAAGAUACAACUUACUUAAUACUUUUCCUCGAGCGGAACGGCUCGACUUUGAUGCGACUAGCGCGUGAUUGUUCGAUGGAAUGCAAUUGUGUGCAUUCGCAGAUCAAUGAUAACAAUGCAGCGCGAUUUAUCCUUCGGAACAGACAUCCUUAGAGUUCGUUUCAAGUAAGAAGACUGCUUUGAGAGUUAGAAAGAUGACGGGAGAUGAGAGAAGGAGUACGGAUUGCCAUGUAGAUAUUUCAUUCGUACGAAUACGUGUAUAGUAUACUCCUUAUAUUAUUCACGUGAUCCUUUAAAAACUGUAAACACCGUGUUUUGAACUCGCGACUGUAAAAAACGUGAUAAUAUUUUUGUAAACGUUCGCCUCGUCUCUGAACCUUGAGGACGAAAGUCUGUCUAUCCUUCAGAGGAUUUGAAACCACAAGAAAUUCUAUAUAGUUACGUAUUAUCGUAAAAACUUUAUAUAUUUAUACGUCUUGUAUAAAUAU